CUGGUCAUUCCUGGAGCCUGUUCUGAAAGAACUUCGGGUUCUCCAAGCCGGUGGAAUGGUUGUGAAGACACCAUCUAGAGAUAUUAGUGCAAAAGUCCAUGUACUAAUGACAACUGGCGACAUCCCAGCUCUGGGAAAGAUGGCUUGUCAUGUGGGCCAUAUGAGUAAGGAUGGCUGCCGCAUCUGCCACGUUGUGGGUCAAUCUCCUGGCCAUGGCCAAUAUUUCCGAAUGCCAUCUGCCAUCACCAUGCGCACACCGGAAAGUUUCAAGCACUUUGAUGAGGUGGCCUCAUCCAGCAAAAAAGGGUUAACUGGCCAAUCUCCCUUCUCCUUACUGGGUUCCUUCUCUGGUCCGUUCUUCUUUGCAUUGGAUGAAAUGCACGGCAUUUGUCACGGCAUUGGCAAACAGGUCUGGGGGCUCGUGUGUGGCAAAAGAAGUAUUCCGACAUCUUUCCACGGUGCAUGGAUCAACAUCGCAACAAGAUCAGGGUACUUCCGGGCUGUGGACUGGGCUGACUUCAUUUUGUUUGUUAUCCCCACGCUUGUGGCAGAGCGUGUCCGUGACCAAGCUGCCCGUAAGGCAUUGCUUGACCUGGUGCAGACAUGCAACCUACUCAUGAGCUGGGAGUUAUCAGCAGAGGAGAAAACCUUGAUCAAAACAAAUCUCGUCGCAUGGAAUGCGUAUCUGGAAGCCUCGCUAGCUAAAGGAGAGGUCCAGCUCAAGGUCUUUACGAUCAACCAGCACCUCCUGCAGCACUAUCCCGCAAUGAUAGAAGCGUAUGGUCCCCCCAGAGCGUAUAGUGCACGAUCUGUCGAGAGGGCGAUUGGGGAAUACUCGCGAGCAAUAAAAACAACAGUAACAGCAACAACUCUCCUUCAGUAUGACGAUCCCUCUGCUGGUUGGCCAAUUGACCGAGAAGGUAGUAAUUUUGGUACUGAUUCUGACAUUGAGUUCUGGGGGCCUUUGAGGAACAGAACGAUUGUUGAUAGUUUUGGAGGCAUUUCUUGUCUUCCAGAGCUUCUUCAAAAGUUCUACGAAUCAAAGGGGGAAGAGUGUAGUAUGAUUAAAGCAGCCAUUAAAACAAGCCGUAAGGCAUUUGUAAAUGGUUGUGUUAUUGACUCUGCACUCGACCAUAAUUGUGUAAGAGAGGCACAUAACGUCAGACUUCAGGUUCAGGUUGAUGAGAACCGCAACAUUGGGCAAAGCUACUCUCCAGUCUACAAGGAUUUCUUUGGGAAUGUCGUCGUUUUCUUUGAGCACAAGCUCAACAACAAGAGGUGGCCGCUUGUCCUUGUCAAUGUUUAUGCAGUUCGUUUGGUAAAUAGUAUACCAGCAAUCAACAAUGGGCAAAUGAAGCCAAUGGUAGUUCACCUGGCAGAUGUCAAAGAAUUAGUUGGUUUGGUGAAGUCGGACGCGACUAUAAACACAAUAACAACAACAGCAACAACAUAUGUAGUGUGGCCAGAGCUUAACCGCGGCCCAAAACUGUCACUUGGUUCUCUUGCAGACUUAUAA